UUUCUUACAGCAUCAGUCAGUCAUUUCAUAGUCAUUUGAUCAAGUCAAUCGUCCGUUUUUUAGGAAAUUUAUUUUUUAUUUUAGGAAAAAAGUGAAAGUGAAAUAAAAGUAAAAUGGUGGCUAGAAAGGUGCAAGUGGUCGUAUUGGCGAUGGCCAUGUUUGGAUGUACGGUAUCAGAAUACUCGCAUGGAGGAUAUGGCGGCGGCGGUGGUGGGGACUUGGGUCACGGGUAUGGACACAGUUCUUACGGGGGUGGUGGAGAACAUCUCGGAGGGGGUGAGCAUCAUCACGCUGGACCACAUCAUGAACAUGGCGGACAUCAUUUAGGAUACGGACAGGAAGUCCAUUACCAACCCGCCCUGGCAAAAGUGGCCGUGCCAGCGGUAGAGAAACAUGUCGUUGAUUACUACUCUAAGCCUAAAUAUGCCUUCAGUUAUGGCGUUAAUGACCACACAACGGGAGACAUUAAGCAUCAACAUGAGACGAGAGACGGGGACGUGGUGAAAGGUCAGUAUUCCCUUGUCGAAGCUGACGGAAGUCUGAGGACCGUCACUUACACUGCGGAUUCAGUCCACGGAUUUAACGCCGUCGUCGAAAAGACUCCAGGCGUUCACGCCGUCGUCGAAAAGACUCCAGGCGUUCACGCCGUCGCAAAGACUGUCUCUCACGUCCCCGCCAUCGCCAAGGUCCCAGUCCAUCAUCACAACCAUAUCGAUGAAGGGUACGGAUAUGGCUACAAGAACCAUCACGAGGCCCCAGAACAUCAUUACGGUGUCCCCGAAUACAAGGAGGCCCCCGUCGUGAAAGCCGCCCCCGUCUACGAGCACCACGACCUUCACCACCACACCCCCGAAUACGCCCCACACCAACAUCUCGACCACGGAUAUGGCCACGAAGUCGGGGGACACGGUCAUGACGGCGGAAUAACACAUGGUCACACCUCCUUCGGUGUUGGUGUGAGUCACUACGCCCCCAAAGUUGUCGGAUAUGCGCCUGCGCAUCACCACGGUCAUCACGGUCACUCCGAAGGCGGUUACGGCGGCGGAUAUAACGAACACAAUAGUUACGACUAUUAAUUAAGCAAUAAGUCAUGUCUAGUUCAUCGUCAUCUCAAAUUGCAUACCGCUGAGUGAUAUGUAACUUAUUUUUAUAUAGAUAGAAAAUUCUGCCAAAAGUUACCAAAAGUUUUAUCCUCACAUAUUUUCUCGCUAUUCUUUUAACAACGAUUCCAGUCUUUUUCUUAAUCAAGACUGGAGAAAAUAAGCCAAACCUUCCCUAGUUCUACUUUCCCCUUCUCAAUUUCCCCCUUAAUCGUACUAAUAUUUCACUGACUGAUACUGAUAUAUUUCUCGUUUAUUUUUGUAUUUCACUUGUUUUUUGUUAAAACGCUUUAUUUUUACAACUUCGCGUCGUAAUAAUACUUGACAGUUUGCUAGAGUUUACUACA